AAGGGAGCGUGCGGAGGAGCGGAUAAAAGGGCCGGGUUGCCGCCCGCUCCGACCCGCGUCCCGCAGCGCCGAGCUCCCCGCGGCGGCAUGGCAGAGCACCGGAGCCAGGGGGAGCCCGAGAAGCUGCGGUUCGUGCCGUGGCUGCUGCGCGCGGUGAGCAGCGGGAAGUACCGCGGGCUGUGCUGGACGGACCGGGAGCGCAGCGCCUUCCGCGUCCCCUGGAAGCACAACGCCAGGAAAGACGUCACCAGCAGCGACCUGGAGGUCUUCAAGGCCUGGGCAAUGGCAAGUGGACGGUAUGAGGGAUAUCCUGAGGACCCAGCCAAGUGGAAGACCAACUUCCGCUGCGCCCUGAGCAGCACUCGCAUGUUCAAGCUGCUGGAAGACCGCUCCAAGUGUGGCGACGACCCGCACAAGGUCUUCACUGUCACCCCUGAUGCCCUCAGGCACAGCAAGGAGGGAGAUCUCAUCAACCCAAACCCUGCUCUGGGCCAGCAGCGGCAGCUGGAGCUCAACCCCCAGGAUGCGUACUCAGAAAACUCUCCCCCAGGCAGCAGCGACCUUCCACAGUCCAUGCUGCUGGAGGACCUGGAGCUGUUGCAGUUGGUGCUGCAGCACUGCGACAUCUCCUGUGACCUCGGCCCCCAGCCCCCACCCUGGGAACCCAGAGGGGACCCCCCGCACCAGGAUGCCCUGCUCCAGCCUCACCCAGACCCGGGCCAAAACAACGGCCUCCCCACAUCAGCAUUUGAGGAAUGGGUGCCCGUGGCAGAGCAGCACCCCAUGGGCACCUACAGUUCCCCAGCCCCUAUGCUGCUGGAACAGCCAGGGCGAUGCCAACGCUGCCCAUCCCCCACAGCAGCUGUGCCUCUGCUGUGCCACCUGCCCCAGCCCGCCGGUCCCGUGCCCUCUCCAGGGCAGGCGAUGCUCUUUGCCCCUGCUGCCAGCCCUGCACCACCACCGCCCCAGGAAAGCACAGAUGGCAUCAUCCCCACUCUGGACAUCAGCAUCUACUACCGAGGGAAGCUCUUCCUGCGGGAGGAGGUGGGGGGCAGUGGGUGCCUGCUGGUGUACCAGCCCUUGGACCCAGCAGUGGCCCUGCGGCCCGGGCACCUGCUGCGCUUCCCCAGCCCUGACGAGCUGCCCGACCAGAAGCAGCGGCAGUUCACCGAGAAGCUGCUGGGCAGCGCCGGGCUGCAGCUGGAGCAACGCGCCCACAAGCUCUUUGCCACCCGCCUGAAGAAGUGCAGGGUCUUCUGGGCCCUGUCCCAGCAGCUGGAGGGUGCCAGGGAACCCCCAUACAACCUGCUCUGCCGGGACCAAGAAACACCCAUCUUUGACUUCAAUGAGUUUUGCACAGAGCUGAGGAGAUUCCGCAACGGCCAAAGGCAGCAGUCCCCCGACUUCACCAUCUACCUCUGCUUCGGGCAGUGCCUCUCCAAUGCCAAGCCCAAGGAGUCCAAGCUCAUCCUGGUCAAGCUGGUACCCAAGUUCUGCGAGUACUGGUACGAGCAGGUGCUGCGGGAAGGAGCCUCCUCCCUUGACAGCGGCACCGUCAGCCUCCAGCUCUCCGACUCCUUCAGCCUGUUUGAGCUCAUUGAGCAGUGCAACAUGCAGCUGGACUGACCCUCACCCACGCCACCGCCCGUACGCCCCAGGACAGCAGCAGCAGGCAGUGGGGGCCAUGCCACCUGCAGCCCCAGGAAGGCCAUGGCAGGAUGCCCGUGGCAGGGGCCUUUCCUCCUGUGCCCUCCCGCCCCACAGACAGCUUCACUGGCUGGUCCCGGAGCUGACACGUGGCUUUUCCCCUCCCUCAGCUGCCAACCUGUGGUUUUGUGGAGUGGUCCUUUACAGAUGUAUUUUCUGAAGUUUUCUAAGUUAAAAUAUAUAUGUGUAUAUAGAGAA